AUGGGUAAGACCCUUGGCAUGAAGAUGAGCAGGCCUUUUGACAACCCCCACCGCAGGGGCACGAAUACCGAUGGCCUAUUUCUCGGAUCUCAUGUCGAAGUCAAACUCGCGGUUCAUGGCAUCUGCGUGCUCCUCAAGAUAUUCAGAAUUACCAAAGACUUGGACAACAUCACGAUGGAACACCUGCACAAGCUUCGUCUUGCUCGCUGGGAGGAUGGCACUCGCCCUGUCUUUGAAGUGUACUUCUCCCGAAAACACUGCAAGCCAUGCAAGUCGUUGGUGAGAAAGUUGUCAGAAGCUACUGGUAUAACCAUCAGAUUGCUGUGGAGGGAUCGACUUGUCAAGAGAGAGUAUGUUGUUCGUGACUUGCACAAAAACGCUCGGCGUCGAGGCCAAGUCGAAACCCAGCCAGUACGUGACCCGCAAGACUACGACUUUGGCGAUAUACUCCCCGACGACUCAGACAUAGAAGUCAUAUCUGACGAUGAGGAUAUGGGAGAUGUCGACCGCAUCGAUCUGACCGGCAUACGAUCCACAUCACCAGCUGGCAUCUCAGCAGAGAUCGACGAUCUUCUUGACGGCCUCGCCUAUCGAGUAGGCCAGAUGGAAGAGUGUCCAGAAGGAGCGACAGCCGCUAUUGUCGGGUUCGCCAGAACCAUGAGUGCUCAUAACAAAAGCAAGAGACUGGACAGGGACGCCAACGUCAGCAAACCUCUUCCCGCGACGCCGGUGAUAGAAGCACCAAUCGACGUAAUCGAAAGCGGAGAACGGCAGCGAAACACAUUUCCCCGGGCGCAGAGGACUCUCUUUCGCCGGUCGCGUGAACUUGGUGGUACUAGAGCGAGGAGUGUUUCGCCUCGCAGAAUUAGGCGAGAACCAAUUCGAGACCGUUCUCCUCGGCGGUACAACUUGACGAGUCCGGAACACUGCUCAGCGAGAAUCUUUGGGCGAACUCAAGCCAGUUCGAAGCUUUGA